UUUUUCUGCUUUCACUGCCGUUUAUAGUCUUGUAUCAGCGUUCCUGUCACUUCCUGCUCUCACCAGUUACACUUCUACUUUUUUAUUAUUAUUAUUCUGUUUUAUGUCUCAGUUCGACUAGAGUCUGUUUUUUAAGGGUCGGAAACGGAUCCGGGUCCAAAGUCCGGAUCAGGCCGGGUGAACUAUGGCAAAGGUGAGUCCUCCGGCUAAAACCUGCACCUUCUGCCGGACCAGGUGAGUCGGAUCAGGGUCAGAACAUGACUGGAACCACCGGGGAACCCUCUGGACCCUCCGGUACCGGGUCUGGACCGGGUCGGACCAACAGAACCACCGUGAUCCGGAUCAUCUACCUGAUAGCCGCCUUGGACAUAACAUGGAUGUUUGUCCAGUUCUCUGUCACUCCUUAUUUGGCGAAGAAACUGGGCUUCGACACGCUGUGGUUCGGUUACCUUCAGACCAUGGUGGGCGUGGCUCAGCUCAUCGGCGGCCCCAUGUUUGGACGGUUUGCGGAUGUGUUCGGGGCGCGGGCAGCCUUAUCGCUGGCGUGCGCCGCCACAGUUGUUUUCUUUGUUCUGCUGGCGAUUGCAGAAUAUCCCAUCAUGCUGUUCAUUCACAAACUGCCCACGGUCUUCAUGCAUGUCCUGCCUGCCUCUCAGAUGGUCGUGACUGACCUUACGGAGCCUGAAAAGCGUGCAGAUGCUUUGUCCAAACUGGGUCUGUGUUUCGGCGUGGGUAUGAUCGCCGGGUCCACGUUGGGAGGUCACCUGAACACACGUUACGGGGAGAGGUUCACUGCAUGUUUCGGAGCUGUUGGAAGUGCCGUCAGUUUAAUGUUGGUCCUCAGGUUCAUUCCAAAAACCACCAAAGUGCAACAUCCAAGAACCAGCACAGACGGUGAAAAUAAAAACAAAUCCAUAUUCAAUAUGGGUGAAAUCACAAGGCUGCUGAAGUUUCCAGGCGUGGCUCCCACUUUCACUGUGAAAAUUAUUGCAGGUUUACCCUCAGGUAUUUUCCAGGUGAUGUUCUCCAUCAUCGCACUGGAGUUCUUUAAGCUGCAGCCGGAGCAGAACGGGUACCUGAUGGCUUACUUUGGAAUCGUCCAAAUGGUCAUUCAGGGAGGGGUGAUCGGUCGACUCACCGCCAGGUUCUCUGAGAACUCUCUGCUCAAUCUGUCCAUUGCAGUCGCUGCUUUGGUUGGACUGGCUCAGGCCUACAUGCAGAAUGUGUUCCAGUUCUGCGUCACCGUGGUGCCCAUGAUGUUUUCGCUCAGUGUGUUUAAUGUCAUCACAGACAGCAUCCUCACCAAGAGCGUCCCGUCCUCCGACACAGGGACAAUGCUCGGCCUCUGUGCAUCCGUUCAGUCUCUGCUUCGUACUGUCGGGCCGACCGUCGGCGGUUUCCUCUAUGUCAACUUUGGCGUUUCCUCCAUCGGGUUCAUCCAGUUCGUGGUGAACGCUGCAGUGUUCAUGUUCCUGCUGCUGCGUCCGCACAAGAAAACCAGCGAGGAAAAGAAAUAAAAUACAGCCAUAAUAAGAACCGAUACAAAACACACACCAGUUCUACAGUCGUAUAUAUUCACAGGACUUGGACGAGUUUACCAGAAGAGGCAAACUCAUUAGCUGCACAUUAUGUAUCACCAGCAACUUUGACAAUAACAGCUUCAUGUAUUCACCCUGCAGCCUUAAGGCUCAUUCAUGUUCACUUUACGCACAUAAAUAGGUUUAUUUGUUUCAAACAGUGUCUAGCACCGCUGCCUUCAUACUUCUGUGCAUCCAGUGCAUUGGAAUGAGCGCUUCUCAAUCAAUCCACUAGAAAGCACUGCUCUUAAUUAACAUGCUGGAAGGAAUACCACAAAGAAGAGUAAAGCUUUUGGAGAAGAAGAAGAAAGUCACUAUUAACAAACAUGGCAGUGAAAGGAAGUUUUACUAAUGUUGAUAUUGAGAAGGGUAGCUGUCAUAAAUAUGUCAGUAGUUUUUCGCUAACUCACAGUCAGUCUUUGAUACAGAAGAGGAGUAAGGCCACUGG